AUGGCAGAAAAGAACAGUCGGAGUUAUGUGAGAAAUAAUAAUUUAAACGUUACCGAAUGGAUGUCUGAACUUCCAGCACAAAUAACAUGUCAAAAACUUAACACACUGGCUAUUCCAGGCACGCAUAAUUCUGGUACUUACUCAGUCAACACUUUGAGUUCUGUGUCCCCAGACAGUCCAUUGUAUUUUCUAAAGAAAUUUUUACCAUCAUGCUUUUUAAGUCGUAUAAGCUAUCCAUGGUGCAAAACUCAGUCACUGAGUAUUACUGCUCAACUAAAAAUUGGUAUUCGUUAUUUUGACCUACGUAUUUGUAAUAUAAUAAAAAACACAAAGUCGAAGUCACUCAAACUGACAGAAGAAUUCUACAUAGUGCACGGUCAGUAUGCACAGCCACUCGCUAAUGAACUAAAGCGUAUCAAUGAGUUUAUAAAGGCGCAUCCAAAUGAAGUGAUCAUUUUAGAUUGUAAUCAUACGUAUUGUUUUCAAACUGAUGAACAAAGAGAAAAAUUUGAAAACUUAGUUUUAAGUAUUAUUGGACCUAUAAUGUUACCCAGAAAUCAAGAAAUUCCCUCAUUGGAUGAUAUCUGGGGUACAGACUAUCGAAUAUUAUGUUUUAGUUGUCAUAAUCCUAAACUUGAGAAAAUGCAUUUGAACUUUUGGUCAAUUGAUAAAAUGAAAUCAUUUUGGGCAGAAACAUCAAAUCCAAAGAAAAUGAUUUCAUUUCUUAAUGAUCAUUUGGGACCAUCUUAUCAUAAAGAUCCAUUGAAAUUCCAUGUUUACCAGUCAGUCUUAACAGCCAAUUCAUUCUUUAUAUUACUGCAUCCAUUUGGCUCUGUACGGAAAACUGCUAAAUGCGUUACACCAUAUGUUAAAAAAUGGAUCAAUUCACCAGAUCACCUGGCCAAUAUAAAUGGUGUAAAUAUAAUAAUCAUUGAUUUCUGUUCAGUAUUUUAUCCUGCGUAUUGUGAAGAUAUCAUUCAAAUGAAUUAUAAAACAUGGCCUAGUUGA